GGGAGGAAGAAGCGGGUGAGAAGCAAACACUUCUCUUUCCACCGUUCUGCCUGUUUCUGCAGACUUGUUCUGAGGCCGAGGCAUCUCCAAGGCAGUGAUGGCUCUCCAGAGGACCCAUGCAUUACUUCUGCUCUUGCUGCUGACCCUGCUGGGGCUGGGGCUGGUACAGCCCUCCUAUGGCCAGGAUCGCAUGUACCAACGAUUCCUGCGGCAACACGUGGACCCUGAUGUGACAGGAGGCAAUGAUGGCUACUGCAACUUGAUGAUGCAAAGACGGAAGAUGACUUCACAUCAGUGCAAGCGCUUCAACACUUUCAUUCAUGAAGACCUUUGGAGCAUUCGUAGUAUCUGCAGAACCGCCAAUAUUCAGUGCAAGAAUGGCCAGAUGAACUGCCAUGAGGGUGUAGUGAAGGUCACAGACUGCAGGGAGACAGGAAGUUCCAGGGCUCCCAACUGCAGAUACCGGGCCAAGGCCAGCACCAGACGUGUUGUCAUUGCCUGUGAAGGUAACCCAGAGGUUCCUGUGCACUUUGAUAAAUAGAUGCCACCCAGCAGGGGUUAUGGCCCAGCUGCUGGCCUUUAACUUACUCCUUAAAUAACAAUGAGUAAUGCAUUUGAGCUGUCCCAGGCUCGGUCUCCACUGCUUCUUUCUUUCCUUUUUUUUUUUUUGUUCAUUAUAUAACCAAUUCUGUUAAAUACAUUGCAUGAAAGAGAAAGAUGAGACAUAAACUUAUAAUGAAUCUGAGCUUUUCUGUAAUAAGCUUCCUUCUAUA